AAUCAUAGACCGAAGUGCUCUUGCGUCAUUUCCAGGGACAAACAGGAAAUGUGAUGUGGCUGUAGGAAGAAGUGCAACAACAAUGUCUGCCAUUUUCAACUUCCAGAGCCUGCUGACGGUUAUCCUGCUCCUCAUCUGCACGUGCGCCUACCUCCGAUCCCUGGCCCCCAGCCUGCUGGACAAGAACAAGACAGGAGUUCUGGGGAUUUUCUGGAAAUGUGCCAGAAUAGGUGAAAGGAAAAGCCCGUAUGUGGCCUGCUGCUGCAUCAUCAUGGCGUUCAGCAUCUUGUUCGCGUAGCAACGGGCGCCUAGCGCUUUGGCGGUGCGAGCGGAAGACUUCCAACUCGGAGACUGAAAAAAUGUAAACCGUCGCCGUCGAGCGAGCGCUUCUCAUUCCGCCGCGCGUCACCGUCGGAGCCGUCGCCGGGGCAACGCGCCGCGGACCGGCAGCGCGUCGGGUACUCUGCGUGGCGUCCAUCGACGGGUUCCUCGGUGAUCGCGUCUCCAAACGCGGGGCCGCGUUUUCCAUCUCCGUCUCUGUUUCGCCUCACUCCCUCGUUCACAUUAUCGUCCAUCUUACCAUUUGAAGAGUCGGUUUUUUGUAAGGUUUUUUUUUUCUAAAUUCCAAGUCAAUGUUAAUGCUAGAACCUCACUGCUUUUGACCAGUAGUGAUUGUUACGUCAGCAUUCUGUCCACAUGCACCGAUCAGCCACAACAUUAAAACCACUGACAGGUGAAGUGAAUAACAUUGAUUAUCUCGUUACAACGGCACCUGCCAAGGGGUGGGAUAUAUUAGGCAGCAAGUGAACAGUUAGUUCUUGAAGUUGAUGUGUUGGAAGCAGGAAAAAUGGGCAAGUGUAAAGAUCUGAGCGACUUUGACAAGGGCCAAAUUGUGAUGGCUAGAUGACUGGUCAGAGCAUCACCAAAACGGCAUUCAUGUGGAUGCUACUUUGACCCGUACCACCUACCUAAACAUGGUUGCAGACCAAGUACACCCCUUCAUGGAAACGGUAUUCCCUGGUGGCAGUGGCCUCUUUCAGCAGGGUAAUGCGCCCUGCCACACUGCAAAAAUUGUUCAGGAAUGGUUUGAGGAACAUGACAAAGAGUUCAAGGUGUUACGUUGGCCUCCAAAUUCCCCAGAUCUCAAUCCGAUCGAGCAUCCGUGGGAUGUGCUGGAAAAACAAGUCCGAUCCAUGGAGGCCCCACCUCACAACUUACAGGACUUAAAGCAUCUGCUGCUAACGUCUUGGUGCUAGAUAUCAGAGGAGACCUUCAGAGGUCUUGUGGAGCCCAUGCCUCGAUGGGUCAGAGCUGUUUUGGCGGCACGAGGGGGACCUACACAAUAUUAGGCAGGCGGUUUUAAUGUUGUGGCUGAUCGGUGUAUUUAUGGUCUUGCACCUUAAAGGGUUAAGUGUGUUUGAGUGGGGUGUGUCUUUUCAACACCCACAACACUUCAGGUAUUGCUGUGUCUGUCCGUCGUUUUUGGCAUUUUUGUAAUGCAUACUGUAAAAUGAUUGGUUGUCCAAGUCUUUAAUCCCAGAAUGCUUUGCACAUUUGUUUCAUAUGUUUCAUACCCCACAGUUGGACUUCCCUGAGGGUCAUUUAAAGCCUGAUGUAUAAACACAUUUUUUACAAGAGAGAAACCCAAAAGGCUAAUGCCAGUGCUUGAUUAUUUUCUUUUGAAAAUCUGGCCCGGGAACACAAGAGAAUCUUUGUAUUUAAUGAUCUGUAUGUGUUUAUUUCUUAGUUGUUGUUUUUUUUUUUGGGGGGGGGGGGGGGUUUAAACAGCAGAAGCUGCUUUGUAAUUGGCUUUUACAGGCUUGUACAUUUAGGUUCUGUUCUCAGAAGACAGAUGUUAAGACAGCUUACUGAUGUCUAUGCCUUUUAAAAUAAGAAGAGCCAUAAAAAUAUAAUCUGGAACAUUGUCAUUGACAGUGUAUGUUUGCGUCUAAUUUUAAUCUGUUAUUGUGUGGUAUCCAUAAAGAUAUAUACAAAUGAAAAGCUUAUUUUGAAAGACCAUUUUUGGCAACUGUUUCAAACAACAAGGCCCUUUAUAAAAAGAAACUGAGCAGAUUUUCUUGAGAAAAGCAAUGUUUCUGUAUAAAACGGGGUGCUUUUUAAAAUGUUGUCAACUUUAUUUAUUAAUAAAGGUCUUUUUUUAUCACCA